AUGACAGCCGUUUCAACAGAGAACACAAAGGGCCGGGUAUCAGCGCUGGCAGAUGCAGCUCCGGUUACCAUCACGGUACCUGGGCCUAUUCCAUAUGAAAGCGAUGAUGCUGUGCCAUGGGAUUAUGGUGGAGAGGUAUAUUGUAAUGGGGAGAAGCAGGAGGAGCAGGCUACAGGUGAAACCACCGUUUCAAAGGUUUGGACACAGGCACCAUCUAUCCCGAGUGCAUUAGUUUCCAUGCUUAUAAGAUUUCCAAAUGUCAAGUUUGUGAUUGUGACUCUGGGUGAAGAUGGUUGUCUAAUGUUGGAAAGAAGUACAAAUGAGUAUGUCAUCGUAGAAGAAAGGAAUCUAGAGAGGCUCUUAGAACUCUUGUACAAAGAGAAAGAUGAUAGCUUGGCUAUUCCAACCUGUAUAUCAUCGGUGGUGAGAAAGUUCAGAUCAGAUGGAAUAGGCACAGUUUGUGGGAGAUUCUUGAUCGGAACAGCAAAGAAGAUACCAUAUUCUGAGCUUAUUGAUACAACUAGUGCAGGGGAUGUAUUUAUUGGAGCGAUUAUGUAUGGUAGGUGUAGUCUCUGACCUGAUUUUUUCUUUCUGUCUUUCUCUUUUUCUAAGCUUUGUUACUCGAGACUUCACAUGGGUAUUCAUUUUUGGCUUGUUUACUUGUGUCCAUCUACAUUAGAAUCACAAAAAGAAACAAAAACAUCUUACUUGAUAUGGUACAUAGACUUCACCCUUUUCAUCCCUAUGGAUGGGCUCAUCCUAGUGGAUAGUGAUCCAGCCCUUGCCCGAACCCAAAAACAUGUUGAUUUAAUCUCUCAUUGGAAAAAAAUU